UUGAGUCCCUCACUUAUGGACCCUCCAGGCUGUCAGCAAGCCUCACAGUUACCAUCCCCCUUGCUUACGGGAAGCCUUCCCAACUCCUGUUCCUCCUUGAUGGCUUCUUCCAACUGCAGGGCUGGAGUUGGUUGCUGUUUCCACCUUUUUCUCUGUUGCCCUAAGCCUCAGACCCAGUUCUCAAAUGUCCAUGUGGAACUAGAGGCCUCUGAGGUUCAAGCUGAACACAAUGGAGUAUUCUACCCGUACCCCACAACCUUACCCUCGUGUAGCUCAGGAUGGAGGAGAAGAAACCUGGGGAAGCAGAAUGGCUGGUGUAUUUUUAGAAGGUAUUCAGUUUUCGGAGGGCCCUUAGUCCCAAGGAUGGAGGCAGAAAGCUAGGCCCAGCAAGGCUAAGGGUAUACCAGAGCCUCCCAAGAACAGGCCCAGGCCCAGGAACAGCAGGAACAGUGCAUCCUGGAGACUGAGUAGUCCUGCGACUAUCCCUGUUGGGAAGAGGGGAGCUGCCUGCUGUCCUGGGCCUUCACCAGCCCCCUGGCUCUGACCCAUUGGGAGAAGUCUUUGUUGUAGCGGCGUGGGACCUGAGGGCCUGUGGACAGAGAAGAUGGCAGCUCAAGGCAAUUGCUCAUUUGUCCCUGUGCUUGUGACACCUACCAGGCAGGCUGCUGCCACUUACCCAUGAAGCAGGUCGAAAGUAAGGAAGCUGAACAGCAGCAGGAGCAGCAGGGCUAUGCUAGCUGUCGAGAAGACUGUUCCAAUUGUCACUCCGAGUGCCCCCAGCCCUAGGAGACUGUCCAGGAGCUGGGCCUGGCUGACAUCCCAGGGGACACACAUGGCUCACUCACCUACUCAACCCCUCUCUAACAUCCAGAUCACUGGGAAGGAUAGGAUGGGGUCUAUAAGGGCUUUGGGCAUGGGCAAGCAGAGCUGGGGCUUGGAGGUAUUAGGAAGAGCUUGUGCUAGGAGAUUAAGAAUCAGGAGGGAGGAGGACCUUGGUAUACACUCAAGGGUGAGCUCAGAGAAUGGGGAACUCGGCUCUUUGUAGAUGCCCCCACCCCCAACUCCCACUCCACGUCUUCCCCAAACCCUCCUCACCUCCUCCCACUUGGGUCAACCAUUCUGGAUUUGGACACCUGGGGCAUUGUGACUUAUUGCCAAGGGAGGACCUUGAGUUAAGGACAGGACAAUAGUUUGUCUUGCCUCAUAAGCACUAGUAGCCUAGGUGGGGCUUAGCUAGCAAAUCAAUGUUUUCUGAGAAGUAGGACUCACCCUUAGUUAUUGCCUUGGCUAAUAAUUCUCUGCCCCGGGGACUUCCCAUGGGUUCUGGGUUGUCAGGAAAGCAUGCUAACAGCAUGACUACUUGGACUCCUGCCCAAGGGAGGAGAGGCUACUUCUUCCUGGAAGUUCCUCAGGCUGUGUGUCUGGGAUGUCAUUCAGUCAUUCAGUUUUCUGUAUCCAGUUCUCUUCCCUGAAUGUGGGAGACCUCAGAACAGCAUGUCCGGCUGCGAGUCAUCAAGAAGAAAAAAAUCAUCGUCAAGAAGCGAAAGAAGCUGAGGCCACCCGGUCCUCCGGCGACCGCCAGGCCUUUGGUGACCACCAACCCAGCGAAGACCCUCCCUCUCCCUGAGAAGCAAGAACCAGGAUGUCCCCCUCUAGGCCUGGAGUCCUUGCGGGUUUCAGACAGCCAGCUUGAGGCCUCUAGCAGCCAGUCCUUUGGUCUUGGACCACACCGAGGACGGCUCAACAUCCAGUCAGGUCUGGAAGAUGGUGAUCUGUACGAUGGGGCUUGGUGUGCCGAGCAACAGGACACCGAGCCUUGGUUUCAGGUGGAUGCUAAGAAUUCUGUCCGCUUCUCGGGAAUUGUUACGCAGGGCAGGAAUUCUGUGUGGAGGUAUGACUGGGUCACAUCAUACAAAGUUCAGUUCAGUAAUGACAGCCAGACCUGGUGGAAGAGCAGGAAUCACAGUAGUGGGAUGGACAUGGUAUUUCCUGCCAAUUCAGACUUGGAGACCCCAGUGUUGAACCUCCUGCCAGAGCCUCAGGUGGCUCGCUUCAUUCGCCUGCUGCCUCAGACCUGGUUCCAGGAAGGUGCGCCUUGCCUCCGGGCAGAGAUCCUGGCCUGUCCAGUCUCAGAUGCUAAUGACCUGUCUCCUGAGGCCCACACGCUGGGAUCUUCUGACUCUCUGGACUUCCAGCAUCACAAUUAUAAGGCUAUGAGGAAGUUGAUGAAACAGGUGAAUGAACAGUGUCCCAACAUCACCCGCAUCUACAGCAUCGGGAAGAGCCACCAGGGUCUGAAGCUGUAUGUGAUGGAGAUGUCAGACCGGCCUGGGGAGCAUGAGCUGGGAGAGCCUGAGGUCCGCUACGUGGCUGGAAUGCAUGGGAAUGAGGCCCUGGGGCGGGAGUUACUUCUGCUUCUGAUGCAGUUCUUAUGUCACGAGUUCCUGCGAGGGGACCCACGGGUGACUCGGCUGCUUACUGAGACCCGUAUUCACCUGCUGCCCUCCAUGAAUCCUGAUGGCUAUGAGACUGCCUACCACAGGGGCUCAGAGCUGGUGGGCUGGGCAGAGGGUCGCUGGACCCACCAGGGCAUUGACCUUAACCACAAUUUUGCUGACCUCAACACACCACUGUGGUAUGCAGAAGAUGAUGGGCUGGUACCCCACACUGUCCCCAACCAUCACCUGCCACUGCCUGCGUACUAUACGCUGCCCAAUGCCACUGUGGCUCCUGAAACGUGGGCAGUGAUCAAAUGGAUGAAGCGUAUUCCGUUUGUGCUGAGCGCCAACCUCCAUGGAGGUGAACUUGUGGUGUCCUACCCUUUCGACAUGACUCGGACGCCGUGGGCUGCUCGUGAACUCACCCCCACACCGGAUGACGCUGUCUUUCGCUGGCUUAGCACGGUCUAUGCUGGCACUAACAGGGCCAUGCAAGACCCGGAUCGCCGACCUUGUCAUAGCCAGGAUUUCUCCUUGCAUGGCAACGUCAUUAAUGGAGCCGACUGGCACACAGUUCCUGGGAGCAUGAACGACUUCAGCUACCUACACACCAAUUGCUUUGAGGUCACUGUGGAGCUGUCCUGUGACAAGUUCCCUCAUGAGAAGGAGCUGCCUCAGGAGUGGGAAAACAACAAAGAUGCCCUUCUCACAUACCUGGAGCAGGUGCGCAUGGGCAUUGCAGGAGUUGUGCGGGACAAAGACACAGAGCUGGGGAUUGCGGAUGCUGUCAUUGCUGUGGAGGGCAUUAACCACGAUGUUACAACAGCAUGGGGCGGAGAUUAUUGGCGGUUGCUGACUCCUGGGGACUACGUGGUGACAGCCAGUGCCGAGGGCUACCAUACAGUUACACGUCAUUGCCAGGUCACCUUUGAAGAGGGCCCUGUUCCCUGCGAUUUCCUACUCACCAAGACUCCUAAGCAGAGGCUUCGAGAGCUGCUGGCAGCCGGGGCUAAGGUGCCCCCAGACCUUCGGAGGAAGCUAGAGCGGCUGAGGGGACAGAAAAAGUAAUGUCUUCAGCUGAAGAGAGCCACAUCCUUGGACAGGCUGGACCUGUCCGGAACUG